AUGCUGCGCGUUCUGUUCGGCCUUGCAGUUGCUCACACCGCCUGUUGGGGCGUUGGGCAUGAUGUGACCGAUAUGAGCUGCAACUUGCAAAAACGGCGGCCGGAUGCAGAUCUGCACCUCGAGCUGGAGCUCAGAAAGCCUGCGCUUGAGCUUGCAGAUUUUGCUAUGCCUGCCGCGUCCACGGAGUCUGCCAGGCCUGCUUUACUUGCAGAGGGUCCAAGCAGUCCCUGGUUGAUGCCGGGCGUACACUUCCAGCAGUGCUCCCGCCCGAAGGCCAAGCGGCCCACGCGGUCGUUGCUGCAAACCCGUGGUCAAAGCACGGAAGAGCCUUUGCCAAACCGGGUCAUCUGCCCGCCAGGCCAGAUGGCCAUUGGCAACUUUGUUGGCGAUGCCUACCAGGCCUACCACUUCACCUGUUGUGAUGCCGGCCAGCAGUGUGGAGGCUGCCGCAAAGUUGUCAAUGGCACUUGCCAGGAGUGUGCUGCUGGCUACAUACACCAACAGAUUCCGAUCUUGAACAUCACCAAGUGCUUCAUGUGCGAUGAUGUCCCUGGCUGGCAGGACGCCAACGGCCUAAGUUGCCGGGACUACGAAACCAAGGGUUAUUGCCCUGGCUAUGUGAAGAGCGGCCACGAUGAGCCCUUUCAUGGCGUCCGGCCAAGCGAGGCAUGCUGCGCUUGCGGUGGAGGCGACGUGCUGGCGACCCCCACUGUCAUGAGGUUUGGCUACAUGGCAGUGGCUUCUGGGGAUACCAUCGAUGAGUUCCCAGAGCCCCAGGCCUUGGGGACGGAAGUCAGCAGUUGCAACCUUGCCCAGUGGGGUCUGAAUCUCACCGGCUCUGGGAGGAUUCAGGGCAUUGUAACAUCACUUAGCCAGAACAGGACCAGCAUCAAAUGCUCCCUCGUGCUCAUGCAAGAUCCUAUGCGCGGUAUCUCCACCACGGCUGACCUGGAUGUUUCAGUGGGCACGUUCUCAUACGGAGAGCAGGUCUUGGUCUUCAAGUACUGGGGUUUGGAGUCGGAGCCGUCCUCCAAGGCUUUCCACGUCCACCAGCAAACACUUCCGCAGGGCCACUCUUUGGAGAAUUUCCAGUUGAACUGCAACUGCCCGUGGCUUCGGAUGUUGUCAAAUGGAACGCUGGUGGCCGGACCACUGCCGACGCCGCUGGAGGUGCAGGGGCCUUCCCUCACGAAGCUUAGCGGCAUGCCUUCCUGCGGCUGCGAGGUCUCCGACGAAACAGGGGUAAAGAAUUGGGCGGUGGGAAACACACCUCUGAGCACUCAGCCGUUGCCGAGGAAGCAAUCUCAGCCCUGCAAGGUGUCAGCUGAGCAGGUGCAGGAUGCAGGACAGAUGUUGCAUGAUCAGCGACUCAUUGAAGGAGUAAGGCAGAACCAUCUCAUCUCCUCUUUCAUGAGAAUGGCGCUAUUUGCAGUGGAGCACCUGAUGGGGCGUUUGUGGAAGUCCGGCGCCUACAAGGUCCCGGUGCUUCGAAGCCGCAUCGGGGUGCCGCUGGAGAUUUCCCCGCUGCAGGAGCGUAUCCCUGGCAUGCGCUGGUACGAGGACAAGACCCUGGAGUUUCCCGUCCUGGAGAACGCCUCCUCGGGGGAGCGUUUUGUGGUCUCACCGGCCGUUCGCCCCGAGAUUUUGGAUGUGCAGUGCCGUGACGGCACCAAUGCCACCUAUGCUUGGUCGCGGCACAGUGGGGACGUCACCCGCGAGGGCAAGGUGGCCUUGAACUUGGAUCCUUCCUCAGGACACGCCUCUGGGGUCUCUCUCCUCGACCUCUCGGCAGAAGGUCGCGGUAGGCUACAGAUCAACUGCAGCGUGGCGCUGGGAGGGCAGUUGUACGACAAGGUCCUGCCAGUCGCAACGCUCACGAUGGAUGUGGUCGAUGACAUGUGCUGGGUCCCCACCAACAUCUCAGGAUGGUUCGGCUGGGAAACGCUGCCUUCCCUAAAAGACUGUCUUCACCUUUGCCGCGAGAGGGCGGACUGCGCAGCCGUCCACAUCGAGGAGGACGGCAACCGCACCUGCCGGGCCGUCGUCAGUGACGGGCAGAAGGAAGCGUUUGCUGGCCAGGUGCUGAUGCGCUUGGAAAACUGUUCUGAGGAGGACACGGACCUAAACCUCACGGCCAAAGGUGCCUGGUAUGUGCAAGGGAGCUACGCCCCGUCGAAUGUCUUCAAGGAACAGGUCUCCUACUCACAUCCCGGAACCACGCCAGAGUUGCAAUUCCACCUCGUGAAGCGGGAAUUUGCAGACAUGCAAAUUCCGAAGGCCUGCGAGAAUGCCUCCUGGCUCCUGUUGCACACGAACUCCUCGGAUUUCAAGAGAGGCCGCUUGGAAGCUCCGGAGUACUACGGGAAGGUCAUGGCAUGCACUGACAAAGACGCCGGAGAUGUCGUGGCCAACGCCUUCGAGAUUGGCUCCGAGAACUUUGAGCUGAAUUUCCUUCCGGCAGAAUUGGACGACGAUGCGAUCUUGCAGAAACCAAAGGCCGAACAGCAGGCAGAGCUGAAACCGCUGGUGCGCUCCUGCGAGCUCCCAGAUUCGACGUCUUUCAUCUUCGGCACCUUGCAGGAUCCUGAGCACUUCUCCCUGCACCCGUGCGAGUGCUUCGGGGAAAAGCAUGCUCAAGCAGCGCCUGUCGCCGACUCUUCCAACCUGCAGGUGCCCCGCAGCGGCAGAUUCAACAACGGCACAGUGGAGGAUCAGAAGAUCUUCUCGGGAGCUUACACAUGCGAGGACACAGCAACUCUCUCGCAGUCUUUUGCUGUCACGCUGUCAGAUUGUGCAUCGGCGUGCCGUGGCAAUGCCAGUUGCGCCUUUUACCAGUUCACCAAGUCGACUGAGACCUGCACGCUCUUCGAGCGCUGCGAUCUCAUCCAGCAGCUGGUGGUGCAGAUGGUCAAUGACCUGUAUGGCAUCUGGCCCACCGGCAACUUUUGUCUUAUCGCCAACCCAGAGCAGUGUUGGAAGGAGAUCAAGCGACGGAGUUACCUGAGCCUGACACCUUCCGCUGUGCCCCGAUGCCUUUUCCAGGACCAGUAUGACGCCUGUGACGCGUUGCAGCAGAUCUCGGGCGUGGAGGCUGGCACAUGCGAAAGGUGCCAGUACAUCGAUGCCUCCAGCGAGUAUGCAGCCAAGGGAAUGCGCAAGGAGCCUUUGCCAUCGUCUUUCCCAUCUGCCUCUCAGAUCUCUGUCGGCUGCAACUAUACCACCCGCAUGUUCUCCAGGCAAGAGGACGACCUGAAGUGGUUGGGCCCACGUCCAACAACGGUCUUCACAUGUGUCAGUGGCGAGUGGGUCGGCGAGCUUGGCCCCUGGCAGCACCUCGGCAACCUCAGCUGCCAGGAGUGCAUCCAGGUGGGAACGCCAAGCCUGGGGAGCUUUUCGAACAUCAACCUUCCAGAGGUCUACUUCCUGGAGCACCGCUUGAUGCAGGUCAACUACGCGAGUUCCUCCGGUCCGGGCUGUCUGAGCGCCAGCUGGAAAACAAGGUCGCCACUGGUGCUCCGGCUGCGUGGUUCUAACGAUCAGGAGCUCAGGGUGCUGCGAGCUUGCGGCUCGAACCAGAUCAUCCUCCAAGCCAGCUGCAGCGAGGAGGCGUCGUAUUGGCAGGAUGCAGACCUUUUCCUGCAUGCGGAGAGCCCCGAGAGCCAAACGUGUUUGUUUCAGCGUGAUAACUCGCUUUGGCUUGACGUCUGUGGUCCGGAUGCACUGCGGUUAGAAAGACAGCAGCUUGUCUCGGAUGCGGGCUGCGUUUUGGCAGAGGCCGACGACAGCGGUGAUGCCAGCAUUACCGUUGCGGACUGCUCAGCGGUGAAGGACCAGUCCUGGUACUUCGAAAAGGGGGACUGCCUCUUCGGCAUGGACAUGGUGGAUGCCGUGGACCGAAAGUGGAACUUUUCCGUGCCGUCGGAAGGAGGAGAACUUGGUGUUCAGCUGCUGAAGUUCAUGCCAGAGACCCGCCACUCCGAAAAGGAUUUUGUAUGGAUUGGCAUGUUCGGAGGCCCUUGGGAGAUCAACUUGGCAGUGCAGCAGGAGGAUUCUGGUAAGCUGACGCCAGUGACUGAAGAAUACAAAGCCUCUUCUCGAGAAGGUGGCUUUGUAAAGCGGAAUGUUCCUGGACACGGUUGGACCCUUGCAUACUACCGGUCUGCGCAGGAUGAGGAGCCCUAUUAUCUCUAUGAUGACGGAGGCAAUCCAGCAUCCCUCCAGCUCAUGCAGUACGGGAUUGCCGAUUUGCCGAACACUUCCUUCUUCUGGGAGAUCCCCGAUGACAAUCGCAGCAUGAUCCAGAACAAAGGCACUGGCAAAUGCUUGAAGGCUCCGACAGCACCAACUUCAAUGGAUGCAUCAAAGGGGAAUGGUACUGAUUGUGGACCAGAUGGCCUGCUUGCCGCACUUGAUGGAGGCGAAAAAUGCGCUAGUCUUGACAAUUUUACGGAUUGGACAAAACAGGGAACGACGUGCCUGGAGCCAUUUUGGUCCACUGCAUAUGACUUCAGUUGCCCUGAUGGCACGGCCAUGCAGAGCACCACAUUCCCUUUCCCAGUCGCUGGUAGUAGUGAGUCACUGAACUUCAGCUACACCUGUUGCACACCAGAGUUCUCCUAUCUGCAAUGGGCAAGCGGGACGACACCCCCUGGAAUAUAUCUGACCUGUUCAGAUGGGUUUUUGGUUGGCCUAUUCUACAGUCAGACAGGAAAAUAUGACUCCAGCAUCACUUGUAUGGGCUCAUCUUUCGUUGCCCUCGACUCAAGCAGGCAGACGUUGACGGCCGGGACCUGCGAUGGUGAUGACAUCUUUCAGCAGUGGGAGUUUGUCGAGGAUGCUCAGGAGGCGCAAGCACCAGAUGCCCAAGAGACGAUGGGUGAUGUUGUCAGCUUCAGCAGUUGCGAGGCGUCCCUGGCACUUGAUGCCAGCGUGUCGACAGUGACUGCAAGUGAUCUAGCACUGCGCAUCUGGGACGACGAGCAUCUCAAUACGCAGCAGAGGCAAGUUUAUCAGUACGUGACGCACUACGAAGUGGUCAUACCGAAACGCGAUGGCAACGGGGCGGAGGUUCUCUUUGUUUGCCAGUCCGCGGAGUCUGGCCAAGGCAGCUUGUGUUCUUCGAAGGCAGCGGUUAGCCAAGAGGACUUAUCAAAGCUCUACGCCACUGCUGCGACUCUGAAGAUCGAGAAGGUGUGCCCGGUUCUCCUGAACACAUCUUUCCCGGUGAACGAGUCCGUGGCGAAGCCCAUGGUGCCAAACGGAAUCACGCUGAAGGCCCUGGCAGGUGUCAUGCGCGGAGCCCCCUACAAGACGCUUCCGUUUGACAAUGCCGCAAACCCGCCCUUUUACUACAACGGCGCCAGUGGUCAGAGGGCCCAGACAGUGGGGUACCUCAGCGUACCCGCCAGUGGGGAUGCGUUUUGGGGCAUGAGCUGCCCUCCCGGUGCCGUGGUGGUCUCUCAGGAGAAGACGCUGCCCCAUUGCCUGGACAUCAAAGCUGCGGCUACCCAGGAGGUGCAGUCUUCAUACUCAGGGUCGGUUACAUGCCCUUCUGGUUAUGCCGUCAGUGGAUGGUACAACCUGCCUGGUAUCAAGGUGCAGCGCCUUGGCGAUGCCGGAGGCCCACCAGACUGGACGGAGCUGAAGGUCUUCUGUCGGAGGACAGCGCUUAUCGGCUUCUGUGAGAAUCCAGCAAAGCCACAUUGCAGCGCGGGUCACGUCGUCAAUGCUAUCAGCUACAGUCAAAACCAGUUCAAACUGGGCUGCUGCCGUUUCUUCUGGCCAAUGGGCGUGUCACUGAUGCCAUAUGGACGAACCGCGAACCCGUAUUUGGACUUCGAGGGCUACUACUGCCCUGCGGAGAUGGGCUCCACAGGGUCGGCCCUCUACCAGAAGACUGCGAUGGGAGCUCUCGGCGAGCCAGGGACAUCUUCAGACAUGGAUUUUUCGCUGGUUUGGGACAAGUUCCGUGGUGAUUGGAUCCUCCGCAAAGGGACGGACGAACUCUACGCUGUGCACAGCGCCCUCUCUCCGGUGGAGAUCACAGACGGCCCCAUCUCAGCAACGUCCAUCGGGCUGCUGAUCUCGGAGAGCGAGCCCCAGGUGAAGCGCCAGACCCAUUGGAAGAAGCCCUCGUACCCAGAGCUGAUGGAAUUCACGGCCACGCAGGCGGACUACAAAGAAUACUGCAGCCCCAAGUUUUUGGAGCACCCCAACUUAUACAAGGGCGACAUCUCGAAAAUGAACCCCUGCUACCACACCUUCAAUGCCAAGAUGGUGCAGGGUGGCACCAAGACGGGGAUCACCGAACGUGCAUUUUGGCGUUGCAGCCAUCGCUCCAAGGAGCGCACCUACAUGAAGGCCACGGCCGAGAACAAGCAGGAGCAGGGAGCGCAAGACUUCAUCGUCCAGCAAGCCAGGCUUCAAAAGGCACAGCUGGCGCUGGAGCUGGCAGCUGCUGUGGUGGGAGCAAUCCCUUGGGGAAAUUGGGGAAUGGAUGGAGUGGAGGCUGCAAAGGAGACUGGAGAGGCAUCGAAGCAGGCGGCAGCAAAAGAAGUGAAGGAGGCCGUACAUGCCGAGGAAAGACACUCACUCUCGAGCCCUCACUUCUUGGAAAGCGAGGAUGAGACGAUCAAAGUCGAGCACGACAAACUCAUUGUCGAGGGCGACUCCUCGCUCGACGGCGGCUGGGAUUUCCUCGACGAUGAAGGCAUCCAGAAGAGCCCGCUUUCAAAGGAGCCAAAUAUAUUUCAAAAAGCUCAGAAGAAGUUUGCAAAGUGGGGAACUCUCCAAAACAACCUCCAGUCCGCCCUCGACUUGGGUGGCAAAAUCGCAGGGACGACAAGAACACUAAAAGCCUCGAGCGCCGAAAGCACGUCCAGUUCUGCGAAGGAGAUGGUGGGGAAAACGCUGCCAAUCUUCGAGUCCACAGACAACGAAGUCUCGUACAAGAAGAAGCUUGCUGAUGCGGCAGCGGCGGACUGCUUGCCUCUGCAAUACGGGCUGUCGAAGGUGAUGUGCGACCUGUUCUGCGUGCAGGACUCCGUCAGGGCGGGUACCGAAGCUGUCCUGGAGAGCCUCCAGGAAUCGCAUACCAUCCUGAUGCAAAACCUUGAGGCCUUGAUGGACUACCAGACGAAUUACAUCCUCUGGGGAGUUGGUACCAUGGUCACAUCGGCUCCCACGGCCCAGGACGGCGAACUUCGAGGCGAAGCACCUCCGCAGCCCAGCACGCUGCUCUCUGAGCUGCAGGAUAUCGACUUCGAGAGCAUGAAGGCGACAGCCCCCAGGCUCUCCCGAGACAUCCUCCACUGGCACGAAUCAGCAGGACAACACUUGUACGAGCGCCUCGCGUCCCUCACCGUGAAUGCCACCAAACAGAGUUGGCCUCUGCGCGUGAAGGCUGCGCGUGGCAUGCUGCACCACUUUCAGGCAAGCUUCCAACAGCGCCUCCGGCAUGGAGCGCGAGCACCCCCAGUGGCAGACAAGAUGCGGUUGUUGCGCGAGGACACAGCGCAGCAGCGCAAGCUGGCGGACAAGGCCCAAGCUUUGAAGUUUGACCUCAGCUUGCGCACCUUCCCUGUACCGCUGGUCGAAGCCCUCCAACGGUGCCAUGAGAAGCACAGCGCCUAUGUCAUGCUGCAUUCAAAGGCCCUGCACCAAAUGGACGAAGCCUUGGCCGCUGCACGCGGUUUUACGAGGUGCGAAACCGACACCAAGGCCUUGCAGGAAGCCUGGCAGCUUGCCAUCCGAGCUGAUGAGAGAAGUCAAGAAUCAUUGCUUGAGGCGUGGGCCGCCACGGUGACCGCAGCAGAGAGCAUUCAGGAUGCACUGAGAGACGAUGACGUCCUGUCCCUCCUCGGGGACUGGACCAAGGACGUGGAGGUUGAGGUGACAUGCCAGAACGUCACAUCGCUGGCUUGGCAGAGCCAGGCUCUAGCGACCUCUGCCCUGGACCGCGCAGCCUGGGCGCUAACGAAGCAGGUGAUCACCUUCCAGGCCUUGGCGGUGUACCAACAGCAGCAGCUGCAGACGAAGCAGUUAGAGCACGUGGCUAUGCCAGAUGCCUGGGAGGCGGUGCGGAUCCAACUGGCAGCUGCGGCAGACCCAGGUCAGCGGCUGGGGCAGAGGCUGGCCAGGGAGGCGCUCCAGGCCCUGGGCAUGGAGUUCUGCCCGGCACCACUGGGCUGCGUUCGUGGAUUUCUCGUGGGUGCCGACGUGGGCGGCGCUGUGCGCUGCGAGCACGCCGGGGAUGGUGCAUUUGUACUUCCCAAGCACCAUGUUUCCCAGCUCAUCCAGGAGAUGGCCCUUCGCCCAAAGAUGCUUCGGAGCCUUGCCCUGAUGCAGAUGGUGGAGGACCAAGUUCGCUGA